GAUUUUUCUCUCUCACACACGCAUACGAGUCAUGGGAUAAGGACUUUUCCUGGCACAAUAUCUCUGCGCGGCAUGGUCGUCAUUCAAGUGCGACAAAAACGUUUCCUGCAAGCGAAAUCGGGACACCAGAUACAACCACAAGAGAUCUGAUAUCCUUUAUCCUUCUUGACUUCUCGGUUCCUAAAGGCGCUCAAUUUCCCUCUCUACGGGCGGAAUAGAUCGAUGAAUAGGGGGUGAAAACACUGGAAUAAUGUCUGUACAUAUAUGGCACAGCGUGUCUUGUGUAGACUAGAUAGAGAGCUCUUCGGUCCAGAUAAAUGCUCGAGGGCCAGGUAUUUACUCUUGGAGCUUGUGUCAAGCGACUUGGUGAUAGUGCACAGAGUCACAACAAAUUCCUUCCCAAAAUGGCGGAGGAAUCCCGGAUAGAGACGGGAUGAUUUCCUUGGAACUUUGGAUUUGAUUUGCAGACCAUCACGUCACGGUGGUCAAGUUUCAAAAGAUAUUCAGACAGAGAGAAAUUCUGGGUUCUUUUCGUUGUUGUUAUGUUGAUAUCGAUCCUGUGGAAUCUUUUGGAAAAGUGAGAAGAAAGAUUCAAACGCUAAGAGAGAAGGAGUUCUGACCCAGGGGAAAAGAAAACUAUAAAGAUGUCUUACGCGAGCCCCAGAAGUCCCCGGGUCCCUUACCCUGAGCUGACCACCAACCGGAUAGACAUCGCUGAUCCCUCUACACCAGGGAUGAGUAAUAGUCUUCUAGCUGAUGGAAUCCAGUUUAAAUCACUUGAGUUUGAUGUCGAUGUUCUGGACGCGGUUUUCAACAUCCCCGGUCGGUAUUUCAUCAAGAUGACUGUUCAGAGCUUGUUCACAAGAGACUACUCGCAGAUUCUACUGAGAAAGUACCCUGAGAAGACAUUCUCACAUGACUACGAAGCCCUCACAAGUGUCACCACACAGAAAGGAACAGAACAGAAACCGGAGCUUUGCACAUUUGAUGACCGACAGUUCACAUUCAGACUCCCUGAAGGUUUCUGCAAAAACGACCGAAACCACGAUGUAUACCUUCUCCUGGAGGCCUACACCCUUCCCUCCAAUGGACAAGACAUGGGGAAGAAAGUGGGAGAAGGUAAAGUGGCCAUCUACCCUAGGACAAACGCCCCAAGGACGAACCACAGGGUCAACCCUGGAGAGGAUAUGUACAAACACACGACAGUGGUGUCCCUGCUCCGCACAAGCUCCCGACCAGGGAAGGCAGAGAUGCACUGUGGUCGGAUGAGGUGUACCUUUGCCCUAAAGGAGUACGACGCAGAGGCAGAGAACAGGAAGAAGAGGGAGGAGGCAAUGAGGAGGCUUAACGCAUUAAGGGAGCUAGAGGAGGAGGAAAUGCCAGUUUUAGAACAAAUGGACAAUCCGUUCAUGACUCGAACGAAAGUGGCACGGACACCAGAGCCAGGACACGAACCUCAACCCCCUCCCCCGGCGGUGCGAGUGCAGUCGCCAGUCAGCGCGGACGGUGACAACCAGUCAAUACUACUGCCUGCCACACCCCCGCCGUCACCGCCACCUCAGGACUCCAGAAAGAUCACAGACUCCCCUCUCCGAGACAACGACAAGACCACAUACAGCACCAACCAAAAGUGGAGACACACGGCUCGCCCAGGCUUCGAGCAGAUUGACGUCAUUAUGCACGGUGCCAGCAGCCUGCCCUAUGGUCCCCUAGGGAAAAUACCACAACCUUUUGCCACUGCUAAAACAAAAACAGACACUGAAAGCAGUCGGAAAGCAAAGGCUCGGACACAUGCCGCUGCGAAGCCGACCAACUCUCCAUCAUGGGAAGAGAUGGUCACAAUGGAGCUGAACCAUAACUUGUCAGGAAAAGAAUCUUUGGUUUUGGCUGCCGACGACUCCAUCUCCAAGCGAGAGCUCAUCAAUUACUCCAUCCCUGUCUCUCGUCUGAAGCCGUUCCAUCAGUACCAUGUAGAGAUGGUCAUGCCAGCCAAAGGUCACCCCGAAGGUGUCAAGAUGUAUGCGUCCAUCAUGAGGAAACUGAGCUCUCUCCCGGUGGAUGCGUCCUCUCCCAAGUACUUGGGUCUUGAGGUGUUCCUUCGUGGUGUGAAAUAUCCAAUCCAGAACCCCAUCGGACCACUGAUAGCUGUGGCCAGAAUUGUGCCGGACUACUUCAAUUACAAGAGUGACAACCUGCUCUCCAACCCUCGAGCCGCCGGAGUACACAUGACGACCGUCAACUUUCCAAGCCCAAGCGCUGACAUCUUUGAUGUUCCGGGCCGUUCUUCACAUGGUUAUCCCCAGCUGAGUUUACUGGGCCGGCCGGAUGAGCAGCCCAAGUGGAACCACCCGUAUCUGUUUUGUGACGAGAAGGAUAAAGCCACGAUGUUCACACCGUCCGCUGCUCUUGUUAUAGAGUAUUAUUUGGCGAAUUCAGCGAUGACUGACGAGUUCUGGAAGAUCAAAAGUCCUGUGGGUUUCUCCUCUCUACUGCUAGAUAAGAAGGUUUACCAACAGUUGAGUGAAGAGAAAGCGGCACAAGGUCUUAGAGUAGACGGAAUCCCGAUCAUGGGCUCGGAGCUGAAGAGUUCCGACGGGAGACCACCCAUCAUUGGCAUGGUUCUGAAACUAGUCACUACACAUCAACCAGAGUCUCUGGUAGCUAUGAGUAACCUUGACAACCUCCCGCUGAUGGAACUGAAAGAAGGCACCGCCCCUCACACACCGGAAGUGCUACAUAUACCCACACCGACGCCAGAACCGGAACUGGAAGAGGGAGAAGAGGACGAUGACCUUACAGCACCGGGACUGUACUUACAGCGCGUGAACAAGGACCGGAUGCCGAUCAAAGAUGGUCAGCUGCCUCCUUAUGACGCUGUGGAAUCCGUCCUACCGGAGUAUCAGUAUAUCUUUGUUGAUCCGAACCAAGACCAAGGACAGAGCACAGCGAGAACGACAGGGAAGUUCAAGCCUGCACCACCAUCACGACGUAUAGCACCGAUGACCGAACCCUCCACGAGGGAUAUAAACGACCUUGAGGCGACCCAAAUGUCAGUACUUGACCAUCAGAUGAGAGACCUGGAGAGCUACAGGACCGCUGUCCAGAGGAUGGGUCAGGAUAUACUCACUCUGCGUGGACAGGUUCGCACUCUAGAAGCAACGAACAGCAAACUCCGCCUAGAUGUGAACCAUUACGACGACAGCCGGAAGUUGCUCAUAGACGCAGCAGACCUGGACUCCCUGGCAAAGCCCGAAAUUGCCGCGCGCUAUGCUGCCCUGAAGCACAAGCUGGCCCAACAGACAACGGACUUGAAGGACUACAAGAGCAGAGUACAGAGGCUGCAAAACGAGCUGAUUAAGAAAAACGACAAAGAGAAAGACUACUUGAAAAUGUCUCAUGCUCAUGCAUCACAACAAGAGUUACUGCAGAGGCUUCAAGACAAAGUUCAGAAAGUGAGGAAACUUGAAGAAACGUGCAAGAAACAGGAGAAAGUUAUAAUUAAACUCGAGAAUGUUCUCUACAAGCUGAAAGGGAAAUCGACUGGAAAAGAGUCAGCUCUGGCUGAAGCCAACGCAGCCUUGACAGAUGAAAACAAUCGCCUGAGAAAACAGAUUGACGACAUGAAG